AUAAUAAUGUGAGGGCAAAUCAGGAAUACAAAUUGCUUCUAAAGGCCACCGGUCACAACUCACAAGUCGCUCCGACGGGUAAUGAGAAACAGGUGACAAAAGGACCCUUUUUAUUUAUUUCCAGAAAUACCCUUCUCCUCGCAACCCCCAUCGAUCCAUCCAUUCGCCUCAAAACCGUUCUCCUCCGCCCUCGGCCACCUCUUGACUCACUGAUAACAAAACCUAACUGCCCCAGUAACCGACCCUGCCGAGAAACCCGCCUGAAAAUGGUAUCGGAUUCGGAGCUUGUCGGUCGGCUUCGCGAAUUUCUCCGGACCUCCGACCUCGACACAACUACCACCGGCACCGUCCGUCGCCAGCUUGAAGAAGAUUUUGGAGUCGAUUUAUCCGCCAAAAAGGCGUUUAUUAGAGAGCAGGUGGAUUUGUUCCUUCAGAGUCAAUUCGAAAAGGCUGGGGAAGAUGACUAUAAUGAAGGGGAACGAGAGGAUGAGGAAAAUCAAGAGGCGGAGGUGAAGUUAGAGGGAAGCGAAGGUAAUGGUUCAAAGGAGGGAGAUGAAGAUGAAGAAGAGGAGGAAGAAGAAAGUAACGGAAAGAGUACCGGGAAGAAAAGGUCUAACAAGCAGAAUAAAGAGGUCAAGAAAAGAGGUGGUGGAUUUAAUAAAUUAUGCAGCCUUUCUCCCCAACUCCAACAAUUUGUCGGAGUUCCUGAGAUGGCAAGGACUGAGGUUGUCAAGCAACUUUGGGCCUAUAUUAGAGAGAAAAAUUUGCAAGACCCAAGCAAUAGGAGGAAUAUAAUUUGUGAUGAGGCACUGCAUGCUGUUUUUGGGGUUGGUUCUAUCAACAUGUUCCAAAUGAAUAAGGCCCUGUCAAAACAUAUCUGGCCACUGGAAGCGGAAGAUGCUCCAGCCAAGUCUACACAGAAGGAAAAGCAGCGGAAGCAAGAAAAACAAGAUCCAGAUGAUGAGCCAAAACGAAAGGAGAAACGGCGAAAGGGAGGAAAUUCAGGUGGUUUUCUUGCUCCACUUCCACUUUCAGAUGCUCUAGUAAAAUUCCUUGGUACUGGAGAAAAGGCAUUGUCACGAGCUGAUGUAGUAAAGAGAAUGUGGGAAUACAUAAAACAAAACAACCUCCAGGAUCCAUCUGAUAAAAGGAGAAUAAUUUGUGAUGAGAAGCUGAAAGAACUCUUUGAUGUCGACUCCUUCAAUGGCUUCACUGUUGCAAAACUCCUAUCCACUCAUUUCGUAAAAACAGAACAGCGUAAGAUGUAAGUCCCCCUCUCUCUCUGGUCAUAUCAAUGGAUGGACUCUUAAAACCUCUGUUAGGCGUGUUGGAGCUUGAGGAUUGUGUGUGACUGAAUAUAUCCUUAUCUUUUGUUGAUAUUAUCCCCCAUUUCUCAAGCUAAGACUUGUCUCAAUCACACAUCCUGACCUCAAAGCUCUGUUCAAACUGGGGUUUUGCUAGUGGCAUUAACGUUGGGUUUUAUCAUCCACGCAGAUUCCGACUCUCUGCUUUUGUUUUUUAAUGCUAAGGGUCUGACCCGUGUGCCUUUCUGAAAGGCCAUUGUAGAAUUCUUACCGUCCUUUGAACAUUGCUUGACUGAUCUUGAGCAGUGUAGUUAGUUGGAUACUAUCUAUUUAUACGAUGGAUUACCACC